AUGCCCCUCUAUGAUGGGCAAGUGGAGUCUUUACCCCCAUCUGGACGCCCAUCAACCGACAGAUCACUUGGUGUGAAUUGUGUGAUUGCUUCUUUCAAAGACUUUAACUUUUCGGAUGAAAAUGUCUGUGGAGUGCUUGUACAGUAUCCUGAUACUACUGGACAUAUUGAAGACUUCAGCAGCUUAGUUAAAACUGCUCACAAAUUUCAAGCAUUAGUUGCUUGUGCAACUGAUCUUCUAGCCCUUGCUGUUGUCAAGCCACCUGGUGAAUUUGGAUUUGACAUUGCUCUUGGAAAUAGCCAACGACUAGGAGUUCCUCUAGGUUAUGGUGGACCUCAUGCUGCAUUUUUUGCUGUGAAAGACCAACUGAAACGCGAGAUGCCUGGUAGGAUUGUUGGUGUGACAAAGGACUCAUGGGGUAACAAGGCUUAUCGAUUAGCUUUGCAGCCUCGUGAACAACACAUUAAACGACAGAGGGCUACUAGUAAUAUUUGUACAGCUCAGGCUUUGCUUGCUAACAUGUCAGCUAUGUAUGCAAUUUACCAUGGAAGUACUGGCUUGCAAAGAAUUGCUAGGAGAAUACAGACAGCUGCUUUGCUCUUAGCAGAAGGUGUGAAGGAUGCUGGACACUCUGUAGAGUCUGACAUGUUCUUUGACACACUAAAGCUGAAUAAAUCAUCUCCUUCCAAUUACUGUUGA